UGGCAGCGGUGCUUUGGAAAACCCACUUCUCUAAAAGAAAGUUUGACUACGUUCUUCUUACCGAACGGAAGACUUCACAGAAUAGAUUCGCAAAGUGUCGUUUUAUUGAUCGUAAAAAAAAACAUUGCUUAUUGGAGAAAUGACUAAACCAUCAGACUUUUAGGAGAAAGGACGUUGGAAAGUGUCGCUCAACGUUGUACACAGGAAGCAAGGUCUAACUGCAGAUUGCAGACGACUCAGAUGCUCAGAACAUGGAGCUGAACAGAGGAGAAGUGCAUCUAUAUGGCCAGGUGGAGAUCCAUGCUGUGUUGCAGGUUCCAGAUCUGGACCCGGAACCAGAACAGACAGAGUUCUACGUGGUUCUAAUAGGUUCCAGGCUAUCCCAUGUUACUGUAGCUAAGAGAGCGGAGGAUGGAGAGUCUCUUUGCUUCACAGUUCCUGGUCACGACCUCCAAGAGACUGCCUCUGUCACAGUGUAUCGCCACACAGAGGGUGGAGCCAAGCCCUGUGGAGGUGGGGCCUCCCUGAAGUACGUCCGUGAUUUGCCACAGGAAGUGGCCGAGUACCUGCUAGCCAACAGCGACUGUUUGAGUCCCCAGAGCCACCUGGAGGUUCUGAGGAGGGUCUCAGCAGCUCCAGGGGAGGGGGACAGGGAGGGUAACAGGAGCGCUGGUCCAGGAGAGGAGCACUAUCUGGGGCAGACAGACCAGGAGGAGGAGGGGGGUAGAGGUGGGAGACCCAGACCUGAUCCACAGGUGGAGUGUCGUCUCAGGGAGAUGGAUGAGAGGAUAACCCAGGCCAUGGCUAACAUGGACUACCCUCCGGAGUGGAGCGGCAAGGCCAGCCAACCUAGAGAAGAUACCCUCAGUGUUGCCAGGUCCAGCUACUUAUCCAACAUCAUCAUCAACUCCAAUAAGAACUCCCAGACUCUGUUCUCCUCUGUCAACAACCUAUUCGUGCCCCUCCAGUCUGGCUUCCACCCCCUCUACAUUACUGAAACUGCACUACUCAAAGUUGUCAAUGACCUCCUCACCUCUGCUGAUGCUGGUGCCCUCAACAUCCUGAUUCUCCUCGACCAGAGUGCUGCUUUUGACACAGUGAGCCAUCAGAUCCUCCUCACCAGGCUUGAGGACUCAGCUGCAGUUAUACAGGAUGUCCCCCAGGGCUCUGUGCUGGAUCCCUUCCUCUUCAUCAUCUACAUCCUCUCACUUGGUCGGAUCCUCCGUCACUUCAACCUUGACUUCCAAUGCUAUGCCGAUGACACCCAGAUCUACCUCAACACCAAAUCCCUCCUCAACCCACCUCUGACCCACAUUGAAUCCUGCCCCUCUGCAAUAAUAACAUGGAUGCAACAUAACUUCCUCAAGCUCAACAGUGAUAAAGCUGAACUCCUCCUCAUUGGCACCAAAUCCACCCUCACCAAAGACGACACUAUUGUCUCUCCCUUCCCCCGAACGCACAACCUUGUCCGUCUGGGUUUGCUCCAUCUCUCCCGCUUCCUGAUUGGUCAGCCCAAAGGUCAGAGGGCACUGACCAUGCCCAAUGAGGAGGGGGACACGCCCCUCCAGCUGGCUCAAAGGAGAGGAGACCACUCCCUCUUUAUGGCACUCGCUACUCCCCCUGUCCCUCAGAGGUCUCCCCUUAUCGGGGUGUCGUGUAUAUGGGCAGAUAGGACCCGUGUACUGAGGGUCUGUCCUGGGUCUGGCUCCCUCUCCCUCUCCCUCACCUUCCUGGGGGGCCCUGAGAGCAGUGUUCUGGGCAACAUCCUGGUCCUCAGAGAGAAACUGACGAACCACAACAUCCUCAGACAGAUCUCAGCACUGAGAGGUGAUGUUCAGAUGGAGGACAGUUACAGAGUGGACGUCCAUACAAGUGAUGCCAGUGACGGAGGUGAGCGUGAAACACCAAACUCAGGAUUGUGA